GUUUGUUACUGAUACUGUGCUGAAAUAAUCUACACCAAUACCAUUGCGGAGUAUAUAUUUUGUGAAAUAUCGAGAUCAAAACAUUUUUUAUGCUUAGAUAAUGUAAUAGUAGUAGAAAAAAAGAUAUAAGAAAUUAGAAACGAAAGUUACGUUGGAAAUCGAUUUAUCUUUCUAACAACUUUUAACUUGUGGUAGCACUGCGUUAAUACAUAACAACAACAGCUGAUUCAUUAGAAAAAUAAAAACGUGAUAGAUUAAUAUUUUAUACCUAGUAAAUAUUAUUUUAAGUUAGAUUAAGUUUGAAAAUGUUUUUCAAAAUAUUUAUAAAAAAUUGUUCAUUGUUGUAUUAUCAACGAGAACAAAAAAUCACCAGAUUACGAAAAUUUGGGAUGUCUUUUACAGCAGCCGCAUCAAUUUUCACAUCUCUAUCCAAACAUUCUUUAGAUAUUAAUGAAUUUAUGGCACAACCGAUCACGCCAUUAGAAAAAUUAUCUUCCAACCCAAACGAUAUGAAAACAAAAAUGGAACUGAUGAUUUUGAAAGUACAAAAAGAAUUUUGUAGUUCUCUAGAAGCCGAAGAAAAUUGCAAUAAAUUCAUCGUCGACCGAUGGGAAAGGAAAGAAGGAGGUGGUGGCGUAACAUGUGUUAUGCAAGAUGGAAAAGUAUUUGAAAAAGCUGGAGUAAAUAUAUCUGUAGUUCACGGGAAUUUGCCACCUGGAGCUGUUAAUCAGAUGCGCUCUAGAGGUAAAAAACUCGAAAAUGGACAGCUACCUUUCUUUGCUGCUGGUAUAAGUGCAGUCAUUCAUCCUGUAAAUCCAAUGGUACCGACAAUACAUUUCAACUAUAGGUAUUUUGAAGUAACAAGUGGUGAUGAAGUUCAAUGGUGGUUUGGAGGCGGUACAGACUUAACUCCUUAUUAUUUGAACACCGCAGACGCUGUACAUUUUCAUAAAGAACUCAAAGACGCCUGUGACAAACACGACAAAACUUAUUAUCCCAAAUUUAAGAAAUGGUGUGACGAUUAUUUCAAUAUCCCUCAUAGAGGUGAAAGGAGAGGCGUCGGUGGUAUUUUUUUCGACGAUCUAGAUACACCCAAUCAGGAACAUUGUUUCGAAUUUGUUAAAAGCUGUGCUAACGCUGUGAUUCCUUCUUACAUUCCAUUAGUACAAAGACACAAAAUGACGAAAUACACAAACGUCGAAAGGGAAUGGCAAUUACUUAGAAGGGGAAGAUACGUAGAGUUCAAUUUGAUCUACGAUAGAGGCACCAAGUUCGGUUUAUACACUCCAGGUGCUAGAUACGAAAGCAUAUUAAUGUCGUUGCCUUUAACUGCUAGAUGGGAAUAUAUGCAUGAACCAAAGGAAGAUUCGCCUGAAGGUGAACUUUUAAAAGUACUGAGGAAUCCUAAGGAUUGGGUGGAUUGUACUUGUGAAAAAUGAUGGAUUGACAAGAAUUUUCAAUAGAAAUAAAUAAAUAACAGAUAAAAUACAAAGAACGAGAGUGUUGUGGUGAAUAUUUGAUUUUUGGUGGUUAUAAUGGAAGGUUUUUGUAAUGUAAUUGAUGAUAAGGACCACAAUUUAUUCAUAUUUACUCUACUGAGCCCAUAUUUUUCCCUUAUAACUUUCACACUAUACAUAAAAUUCAAGUACUCUACAUUAUAAUAGAGUCUAACAUGAAUUCAACUCUUUCACUCUUUCAAUAAGAAUUUUAGUCAUCAAGGUUCUUUUUUUAGUAAAUUCUUAUCUUCCAGAAUACUUUUUAGAAAAAUUCCAGCUGCAUAAAUAAUUUUUGAAAAAAUUCUAGGUUACAAGAAGAUUUUUUAAGAAUUUUUAGCAUCUUGGAUUAUUUGUGAAUAAAUACUAGCAAACUGGAUAAAUUUUUAACUUUUGUUGAUGUCCUAAGUGAUUCUUCAACAAAAUUUUAGUCUCCUAGAUGAUUUUUCAAUAAUUGCUAGGCUCUUAGUUGAGUUUCAACCAAAAUUAUAGCUUUCUGGAUUAAAUUUAAAAAAUAUUCACUUUUUAGAUGAAUAGAUGAAUAAACUUUCUAAAUGAUUUGUCAUAAAAUUUUUGCUUGUUUCACCCAUUUUUCAAUAAAUUUGAAAUUUGGUGAUUUUUCAACCAUUGCUAGCUUCUUCAUUAAUUUUCAAUCAAAAUCAUAGCUUUCUGGAUUAUAUUUAAAAAAAUAUUUAUUUUUUAGAUGAAUUUUUUUCAGUUUCUAGUUUCAAAAAUAGUAUUUCAACAAAAUCAUGCCCUCCUAGAUGAAUUUUAAAUCAAAUCCUUGUCUUCUAGUCAAUUUUUCAAGUACAACUCAAUUUUCUUAAUGAUUUUUCAUCAAAUUUUUGUGUGUUACACCCAUUUUUCGAUAAAUUUUAGCCCCCUAGGUGAUUUUUUGACAAUUACUAGCCUCUUAGUCAAUUUUUCACAAUAAUCGUAGCUCACUAAACUGUAUUUCUUCUUAGAUGAUAUUUCUCUAGUUACUAGCCACAACAAAUGGUUUUAAAAGAAUAUCAUACCCAUCUUAUUUAAUUUUUGACAAAAACCCUCGGCUACUAGACAGUUUUUCAACUAAAUCCCAACCUUCUAGAAGAUUUUUCGACAAAUUUUAUUGUAAUUCACCAAUUUUCAAAAAAUUUUAGUUCCCUAUGAUGUUUCAAUAUUACGACGAUUUUUCUCCUGUUGCCAACCUUAGAGAUAGUUUUUUUUUUUAAUAAAAUCAUACCUGUUAGAUGAAUUUUUAACAGAAUCCCACCCUCCUAGACGAUUUUUUGCUGAAAUUCUGAUCCCUUAAUUAAUUAUUGAACUAAAUCCUAACCUUAAUGAUUUUUCAACAAAUCUUAUCGUCUUCACUCAAUUUUCAACAAUUUUUAACUCUCUAGAAGAUAUUUAAAUAAUUUAUACCCACUAUCUUAUUUUUUUAACCAAAUUCUAGCCUUCUAGUUGAUAUUUUAGAAAAUAUUUUCCUUUUUGGAUGAAUUUUCCCAAGUUUACUAGCCUCACAGAUAGUUUUCCAACAAAUUUUAAUGCCCUGGUUAAUUUUUUCACAAAUAAUAGUUUUCCUAUACGGUAAUCAAUAAAUCCUAGCCCACUAGAUGUUUUUUUAACAAAUCAUAGCGACCUACACCAGUUUUUAACACGUGUUAACCUCCUAGAUGGUUUUUCAACAAUUAUUAGCCUCAUAGAUGAAUUAUCAACAAAAUCCUAUCCUCCUGGGUUAUUUUUCUCCUAAUCUAUGCCUCCUUGAUGAUUCUAACAUACUAAAUAAUUUUUGCAACAAAUAAGAGUGAUUUUUCAUCAAAUAUCAGCCUUCUAGAUUAUUAUUCAACAAAUACUGGCCUCCUGGGUGCUUUUUCUUCAAAACAUAGCCUCCUAAGUGAUUUUUCUCUUAAUAUUGGUCUUCUAAAUGAGUUUUUAAUAGUUUUUACAAUAAA